AUGAAUCCAUCUCAGAAUGCUCUCAAAAACCUGCCCAAAACCAGGGUUGAGCUUCAUGUCCACUUGGAUGGAAGUGUAAGGCAUGAGACACUAUGGGAGCUUGCAAAGAAGAAAAAUAUGAAACUACCAGGAAAUGGAACCUUUGAAGAGCUACAGGAUGCUCUAGUGAUAAAAAAUCCAGUUGAUCUCACACAUUUUCUGCAGCCUUUUCUUAUAUUUACUCAAUACAUUGCUGGUGACCUUGAUGCAAUUGAGAGAAUUGCUUAUGAGUUCUGUGAAGAUGAAGCCAAGAACGGAGUAGCUUAUGUUGAAGCUCGAUACUGUCCACAUUUUUGGCUGGGCACAACAGACUUCCAUGGGAAAUUAAAAGAACUGGGAGAGGUUGUGAGUGCUGUAAAUCGUGGUUUUCAGCGUGGUGAGAAUGACUUUGGUGUCAAAGCAAAUACUAUUCUCUCUGCACUCAAUGGUACUGGCACAAUAAAGGAUAUCGUGGAGCUAUGCAAGAAGUUUAAAGGAGAUGGUGUUGUUGGAUUGGACAUAGCAAUGAAUGCAAAUGACAAAUCAGAAACUUACGUUGAAGUACCAUUAAACCAAGAAGAGAUUGGUGCAUAUGAAGAGGCCAGGAAAUCUGGAAUUCACAGAACACUGCAUGCUGGUGAAGCUGGUGGGGCUGAAAUGGUACAAAGGGCCCUGGAUGUAUACCACACAGAGCGUGUGGGACAUGGUUAUCGUGUGGUUGAAAAUGAAGCUAUUUACAGCAGUUGUAAAGAAAAAAGAGUACAUUUUGAGACCUGUCCUUGGUCAAGUUAUCUUACUGGAACAGUCCCAUUGGGUGUAAGGAAGCACCCAAUUGUCAGAUUUGCUGAAGAUGGUGUUAACUUCUCUCUCAAUUCCGAUGAUCCCACACUAACCGGAAGAACGCUAAGAGAUGACUAUGUUCUUGCAGCUAGUUGGGGUCUUACUGAGGCCCACGCUAUUCGUGCAAAUUUAAAUGCAGCCCACGCAUGCUUUCUGCCAGAUAAUGAGAAAGCCCAGCUAAUUAAGAAGAUCUACAAAGAACUAAACAUAAAGUUACCUGUAAGUGAAGAUUCAGUUGACAGUGAAAGUAGCAAUCAUGAACAAAGAGUGUAUAUUCGGUUCUGUGGCGCUUUGGAACUGGCCCUCAGGGGCUAUGACGAAUCUGAUGUCUCUGAAAAUAUGGGGGUUUAUCAUGAGCUAAUUCAGUUCAGUGCAGAACUGGAUAAAGAUCUUCAAAUUCAUCUCAGUCAAACAUCAGCAUUCAAAGUCAUUCCUAAGAUUGUUGAGAACGAACUACUGCAAUGCAUGUUGGAAGUGUACCAUGAUGAAGUUCAUAAAGAAAUAAAACAUGCUGAUUAUGUUGCAAUAAUCGUGGUUGAAACCACAGAUGUGUCUCGCAAAUUUCAACUGGUUAUUGUUUUGCGUUAG